CCAAUCAAUCUCAUUCGCCUCCCAACGAAAAUCAAAUACAACGAAGGAAAAAAAACAAAAAAACAAAAAAAAAAAACGAAUCCCAUCCUUAUCAAGAUGUCCACCCCGCGCUUCUCCCCCACCACUACAACCGUCGUCUUCGUCCUCGGCGGCCCCGGCAGCGGCAAAGGCACGCAGUCUGCCAACCUCGUCCGCGACUACGGCUUCACUCACUUGUCAGCCGGAGACCUGCUCCGCGCCGAGCAAGUCCGCGAAGGGAGCCAAGCCGGCGAGCUCAUCCGCACCUACAUCCGCGAGGGCAAGAUUGUGCCUAUGGAGAUCACCGUCAAGCUGCUGUCCGACGCCAUGGCCGAGACCCUGGCCGCCGGCACGAACCCGGCCGCCAGUGCAGGCAGCAAGCCUCGCUUCCUGGUGGACGGCUUCCCGCGCAAGCUCGACCAGGCCGUCUUCUUCGAGGACACGGUCUGCCCCUCCGAGAUGACCCUCUUCCUCGACUGCCCCGAGGAGGUGAUGGAGGCCCGCCUCCUCAAGCGUGGCGAGACCAGCGGUCGCGACGAUGAUAACGCCGAGAGCAUUCGCAAGCGCUUCCGUACCUUUGUCGAAACGAGUAUGCCCGUCGUCGAGGCCUUUGCGGCCCAGGGUAAGGUGGUCUCCGUGAAAGCUACCGGCGAUGUCGGAGACGUCUAUGAGAGGAUUCGGGCGGGGCUCCGCGAGAAGGGUCUGAACCCCCUGUGAGUUUCGUUAGGAGAAUGGGCGAUGGGUUGCAGAGAUUCCAGAACUUGUUUAACAGUCUCUUGGAUGAUGAUACGCGUGUGUGGUCGAUGGUGUCAGCGUUCUGAAGUACAUAUAUAUUCAUAUCUAUUUCCACCGCAUAUAGUUUUGGAGAUUCGAUCUUGUUAUAGAUUUGUUGCUGGGCUGACCGGCCUGAUUCUACAUUUUGUUUUGGAGUUUUCUGCCCCUGAUCUCCGCCAUUGCCUCCGUAAGGACGCACAAAUCCCCCAGGUGA